GUUUAUCACUCUCUGGUUCCUUAAUUUCCAGAUGAGGUGCGCCGAUUCUGAAAUCAGUAUUUGGAAGAUUCUCGAGUCGCCUGAAUUAAAGGAUUGUCCCCAUACCGAUUUUCGGCCAUGUUGUUGGUUUAUGCUUUGGCUCAAGCCUGUUUGCUAUGUGUAUUGGCUUUUGCUCUGCGUAGUGCGUUUGAUCGGGAUACUGCCACCAGGGCUGAGGAGGUAGGCAGUGUUGCCUCUUUUGCCAGUUCAUCUGCCCUGUCGUUUCCUUGAAUGUCUUGGUGUCCUGGACACCACUCAAUGGAGACAUGGUUCGCUUUUCGUCUGUCCAAGAAUCCCGUGAUGUCCUUGUAGAAGUCCUUGGCAUAUAACUGUCCAGCUUGUGCUCGUAAGAAGAUGGAUUGUGUGGCUGCGCUGUUGUCUGCAAAGAAGAGGAUGUUGGUUAUCCACGGCCUACUGGUACAUAAGUCAAUUGCCAUUUUUGCACCCAUGCUGAGAGCUGCCAUUUUGCCAUCGUAAACUUCCGCUCUUCUCCCUAGUCCCCAUCAAUAGCGUUUGAUAGCUGUUCAUGAUCAACAUGGCAGUGCGAGCAGCAACUACUGGCACCAUCUCAGACUCUAUAGAAAAGGCUUAGAGAGAAAGUCACCACUCAGGUCAUCAAUGGAUGUUCUCUGCGCACAAAGGACAUCGUUGGAGCAGGACAACAGCACGCGAACGCGUUUGAUUUCUGCGCCACCACCAGUUCCUCGUCAACUAGAGGAGUGUAGUCAAGAAUUCGAAGGGAAAUUGUCGUCGCCGAAUCCGAGUCUGACCUUCGGUAAUUUGAAUGAACUAUUGGGACAUCUGGCCGGGCAGGGAUAUGCAGCAGAAAAGGUCGCGGAGUCGUUAUGCGCAGAAGAUGCACCCUCUGUAAUGGACAUGAUUCAAGUGCAUCUGGAUGAAGAAACCAGCCAUAACGACCGCUACCUACGAAAAAGCUGUAUUCAAUGCCUAUUACAUCUCAACAAGCGACAUGGUACACUUCCUACUUCGAUCCACCUUUCCAAGGUUGCCAAAGAUGGGUUGCAUCCGGUAUCUGGCGGAGGAUUUGCCGAUAUAUGGAAGGGCCGCCUAGAAGACACGCGAACAGUUUGUCUCAAGGUGCUACGAGUGUAUACUGCGACCUAUGAUGAGAAGAGGCUUCUAAAGCAAUUAAGUAAAGAGGUCCUCCUCUGGCGGCAACUUAGACACCCAAACAUCCUUCAAUUUCUCGGAAUCACCAAAGAACUUUUCCGGCCUAGCUAUUGCAUCGUUUCCCCAUGGAUGGCGAAUGGUGAUGUGAUUUCAUAUUCUCGGGCUCGCAAGAGCACGCUGGAUGACAAGGUCAAGAUGAUGCGUGAGAUAAGUGAGGGUAUUCAAUAUCUCCAUGAACACCAUCCACCUAUCGUACACAGCGACAUCAAAGGCUUGAACAUUCUUGUAUCAGAUCACGGAAGCUGUUGCCUCGCCGACUUCGGACUCGCUACGAUCGAAAAUGAAUCGUCAGAUGGGCAUGUUCAUCUGAACACCAGUGAAGCAGUAGUUCGCGGUUCGUUGCCAUGGCUCGCACCUGAACUGAUGAACCCGCAACAUAUCAGCAUCCCUAGUCGAACUGCUAGGGACAUCUAUGCAUUUGGGUGUACGAUUUUUGAGCUUCUCACCGGAAAGGGGCCGUUUUCAGAGAAGAAGAUGGAUGUUCAAAUCAUCAUGGCGGUUUUGAACGGCUCGAGGCCAGCUAGACCAUUCAAUUGUCCAGACUGGCUCUGGGCCAUCGUGGAGAGUUGUUGGAAGGAAAAUUUUCAAGUGCGCCCGACUGCUACUGAGGUGGCGUGUCGACUAACUGAAUCCACAACCCAACGUGAGCCAAAGAGUGACUCUGCGAUUUCUCGGCAUACUAUACACAUUGACGAUGCAUUGACUGUACUACCUCCUUCAUGGACCGUUUCGCUCGCGAAGGCUGGUUUUACAGAAGAAGAGAUUGCCGCUAUCUAUAAACGUCCUCGUGUUCAACAGACGGAGAUUUCGGCUUCUCCUCCCCCACCUAAUCCCUCUUCCGUCAAACGGACUUCAUAUUCGCACUCUACUUCUACCCCGUUCAACGACACGGACCCUUCUGUCCGUUAUGGUUACUCUAUUGCUUCUACCCCAUCCCCCCCUUCUAUCCAUCAUCCCCAUCUGCCCGACGAAGCCACGGAUCGGAAGCACAAGGGAUCCGGAACACCAGAGGCUGAAGUCGGAGCCCUUGAGGACAUCUCUAAGGGCAAAACUACUUCUCUUCGCACCACCUCUGUAAACGAUUCCUCAAACUCGGGGAGCGACAACAUCACGACAGAUGCUUUCGAUAGAUAUAACAAUGCAUCUGAAUUUCCCACUUCUCCCCUUGAUCAACCAGAACUAUUCACACAACUUUCUCCACGAGAGGCAAAUCAAACAGGCAAUUCGCUACAUCACGCAGAUCUCAAGACCGGUUCCUCUUCACUAGCAUCUCGGCAGAAGCGCUCGGGUUCACCGUCUGUGGAACACGAGCAUGAGGUCCGGGUGAAAAGGGGAAGGGGGGGUUUCUGGCGGAAACCGGCACGCUCUACUAUUGGCCCUAUUCCGAUGCCUAUAAGUGUUCCGACGCAGACAUCAGGUGUCUCUAACAGUAUAACUAAAACUCCUUCACCCUCAAUCCGUGCUUCAACGUUGCUUCUUUCUUCAGCGCCUCCCACAGGUCUUUUUAUUCCUUGCGUCUCCAGUCCUUCCUGCUCGACCUCAACAGCUCCCCGCGAUGCUGCAACCUCUGAAGGGUUCAGUCACAGAAUGAUGACCAUGUGUGCUGGUAUGAAAUGGCCCACGGCUGAUGAAGAAAGGGCGCUUGACAAAGAUUUCCAAGCUGCCAGAGAGACCAAUGUUCCAUUACAUGUCCCUUAUGUUCAUGAUACCCAUAGGAUGUGGGAUGAUGUUUCUCUUCGAGAUGCCUGGCAAAGGUUCCGAGCGAGGGUUGGGAUCCAUUAGCCCUGUAGUGUCAACCCUUCAUAUACCACCUGUCUGUAUUUACAGCCAAAUCCAGUUCACUGUGGUCUUUACAUUUACUGAACUGGUCAAGGAACCUCAGGAAGAAGGAAGCGAGAACUGAGGCUUGGGGUUUGGGGUCUACAGCUAACAUGUGCUCUUCUUUGACUUACUUUCGACCGCCAGCGAGUCCAAGUCUCAACCACUCGAUUAGCUGGAUGUCGACGUGGUUAUAAUACACCGACGAGAAGAAAUCCUGUCUUGAUCCAUGCAAGAAAAGCAUGCCUUGUGUGCGAGUAACGUCACGGACUGGUGGUAUUGACGGGGGGAAACAGCCAAUCUGUUCGCUCGGAACUCAGGACGAAUCAAUGUAUCGCGGAAGUAAUGGACUCAAGUCGAUGUUGAAGGUUUGAAUCAACUUGGGGACUGAUGAAUGGUCAGAGUCAGAGCCUCAUGACCUGUGGACCGACUCGGAUUUCCAUGACGUCUGGCGGGCCCAGUCCAUGGAGAGACCUCGCGAGCAACUUAACCCUUCUCCGAUGUCGAUUUCAUGAUCUUGAACUGUGUAUUCCGAACCUAUCGUAGAAAACGGAUAAUCGGUUUCAAAUAUCGCACCAUCAAAAGAAUGAUAGGCGUACUCUUUGGAAGUAAGUGCUCAAACUUACUCUCCUUCUGGAAAGCUUCUGGAGAAAAUUGUCGGAUUGCAAGGAAUGAGUUCGUGUCAAUUACAAGGCGGUUGUAAGGGGGUGGGUGAAGAGAGCACGGUUUUAUCGUUAUCGAUGAGAUCGUCAUACCCCCGG